UUUAUAUUCUUGAUUAAUGGCCAGUAUGAAGCUUGACGAGCCAUCUAUUGGCCAGCGAUAGUUUUGCGUAGCGAGACGAGCUCAGAUAGUGAAUCAAGAAAUCAAAUUCGUCAAGUGUAUUUGGAAGAAGCUAAGAAAGUUGUUAUUCUGAAAAUUUAAUAUACGAAAAUAUAAGUAUAAGUGAAUCGAAAAUGGCUAAGCAAGUUAAGAUGGAAGAUAUUAUGAUACCCAUUUUUGACGGGGCAAAUUAUUCAAGUUGGAAAAUAAGAAUAAUGUUAUUACUGGAAUACAAAAGGUGUAAAGAUCCAGCAGUUAGUCAUAUCACCAAUAAGUUUAAAAAUAAAGAAGAAGAUUGGAUAGAAAUGGAUUUAAAAGCAAGAACGAUAAUAGUCAGCUCAAUCUCCGAUAAACAAUUAGAAUACGUUGGUGAAUGCAAAACAGCAUUAGAAAUGAUAACAAGAUUUGAUAAAAUGUAUACGACACAAUCAACAGCACUGCAAAUAAUGUGCAGAGGAAAAAUCGAUGAUAUUAGAUUGACAAACUACCAGUCAAUAGAAGAAUUUUUUGUAGAGUUUGAAAAAUUAACAAAUGAAUUUAAAGCAGCUGGAGGAAAGAUAGACGAAUCAGAAAAAAUGAGAUAUUUGAUCAAAGCUUUGCCACCAAGCUACAGUUAUAUUGGCGACUUUCUUGACGUAAUACCAGAAGAGCAAAGAACCGUUGAUUACUUGAAGUCCAAAAUAAAGGAAAAGAAUUUGAAUUCGAACGACACAAACAAUAAAAGCAAUGUCAGCACAUUUGGUGCAAAAACACAAGAUAAGUGCUACAACUGUGGUAUACCAGGUCAUCACAAGAAAGACUGUAAAAAGGGACAACACAACAACAGAGGAAGGGAGGUGAAUAUCACCGAGGUCGAGGCAGAGGACAAGGUCAAUCCAGAGAAGACUAUUCCAGCAAUCAACAGGGCAACUACUCAUCGGAGACUUGGUCAACAGAGAAUUCCGGAAGCUUUAAGAAAAAGUAAAUGGGACGACAAAGCACAAUUAGGCGUACUAGUAGGAUAUAUUGAAAAUGGAUAUAGAGUUCUAGUAAAUAAUAGAGUAAUCAAUGCUAGACAUGUACAAAUUGUUGAAGAAAAGACUAAAAUAAUAUGUUUGGAAAAACUUGAUGAAGAAAGCGAUAACGAUUCGGAAAAUAGCGAAUCUAAAACCUCAGAUCAGGAAGCGUUUGGAAUCAAUGAAAUUGAUUCAAAUGAAAACAAUCCCUUACUUUCUACUCAUCCUCUCGAGGAAAGUAGAAGUAAUAUAACUAGAAUUAAUUCAAAUCAAAAUGAUAUUGAAAGUGAAAGUGAUGAAAAUGCAACAGUAAAAAGAACAUCACACAGAAAUAAAAGUCCUAUAAACAGGUACGGAAAUCCUGUAUCACAUUUUAUUUAUGUUCAUUAUGUUGAUGCAAAUGUACCAAAUACUUUCGAGGAGGCGUUAAACUCCAGUGAUAGUAAAAAAUGGAAAAUAGCAAUGGAUUCUGAAAUAGAUAGUUUAAAGUAA